CAGUGAAAAAAAACCAAAUCUCUCUCUCUCUCUCUCUCUCUCUCUCUAGCUGAAGCUCAUUUUCCCUGGCUCCAAAGGUCCUGUUCGUCAUUCAAUUCCCGAUACGAUGAAGUUUCGCGAACCGUAAUUUGAGAAUUGUUGAGGUCAUGCUCUCAGAAAUUGCACAGCAUUUCGGCUAAAGUCGAAUAAACUUGUCGGCAUUUUCUUUUCGAUCAAAUCAGCCAAGCUCGAUGGGAUCGAGGUUCCCGUCCCAUCAGCUCAGCAAUGGGCUGUAUGUCUCGGGCCGCUCCGAGACGCCCAAGGAGAAGCCUCCGACAAUGAGCUCAGCAGCCAUGCCGUACACCGGCGGAGAUAUUAAGAGAUCCGGGGAACUCGGAAAAAUGUUCGACCUUCAUGCGGAGAAAUCAAGAAAAUCUGGCCCUCUUGGCAGUGCUCCUUCAAGAACUGCAUCAUUCGGCGCUGCUAAUUCCAAUUCUGGUUCUCUUUCCAAACAGAAAACCAAUUCUGGGCCAUUAAACAAACAUGGCGAUUCGAGUAAAAGGUCGUCAGGCCCUCAAUCCGCCGCAGCCCCUCCUGUGCUCCCUACAACAGGGCUUAUUACGUCCGGUCCGAUUUUAUCCGGCUCGCUCAAUUCAUCCGGAGCCCCACGAAAAGUAUCCGGCUCACUAGACUCGACUAAUUCAGUGAAGCUCCAUUCUACCACUUUGGCGCAUAACCAGGCCGUUACCAAACUCAUUCAGGAUGAUACUUAUUCCUUCAAAAGGAGCUUUCCUAAGCCGAUACUGUGGUCGGUGAUUCUACUGUUUGUGAUGGGGCUCAUUGCCGGAGGGUUCAUUCUUGGUGCGGUUCACAAUGCGCUUCUUCUUAUUCUUGUUGUGGUCUUAUUUGGGGCAGUUUCUGCACUUUUCAUUUGGAAUAGUUGCUCUGGAAGGAAAGCACCAAUCAGGUUUAUUAAUCGCUACCCUGAUGCUGAGCUUCGAACUGCAAAAGACGGGCAGUAUGUAAAGGUUUCCGGGGUUGUUACAUGUGGAAAUUUCCCCCUCGAGUCCUCGUAUCAAAGGGUUCCGAGAUGUGUUUAUACUUCUACAAGCUUAUAUGAAUACAGGGGUUGGAAAUCAAAGCCUUCAAAUCCCAAGCAUAGCCGGUUUACAUGGGGGCUAAGAGCCAUGGAGAGACAUGUGGUUGACUUUUACAUCUCCGACUUCCAAUCUGGCUUACGAGCUUUGGUAAAAACAGGUUGUGGGGCUAAAGUCACUCCCUAUGUCGAUGAAUCUAUCGUUGUUGACAUAAACCCGGAAAACAAAGACAAGUCUCCCGAAUUCAUGAGGUGGCUGCGGGAGAGGAAUCUUUCUAGUGAUGGUCGUUUGAUGCGCCUGAGAGAAGGGUACAUUAAGGAAGGGAGCACAGUUAGUGUAAUGGGGGUCGUGCGAAGGAACGAAAAUGUGCUGAUGAUAGUUCCUCCCCCUGAGCCUCUCUCCACAGGGUGCCAAUGGGCUGAGUGUAUACUUCCCGCGAGCCUCGAAGGGAUAAUAUUGAGAUCUGAAGACACUUCGACGAUCGAUGUCGUACCAGUAUAAACAUAUACAUGGCAAUAGCAGUUGAUGUCGAAAACACUGGUUAAGCUUUUUCAAAUAUGGUUCUUGGUUCUUGGCAUUAAAAAUGUGUGGAAUUAUAUGUGGUGAUUAUGUCCUGAGGUUUUGAUUGUAUAGUCCUAUUUGUCUUUUUUUUUCUUUUUCAUAUUUUUGUUUAUUAAUAUUUGAUACUAUUGUAACAAAGGAUGUGUUUUAAUCACUACAGUAGAGGGGAUGGUGUGUUACAAAGAAAACUACAUUGAGAUUGUGAUUAUUAUGUAUAUGAAAAUGUUUCGAAUUAUUUGGAGUUAUUAUUUUGAAUUAA